AUGAGUCCUAGCUACAAAGUCGAGAACCUGUUCCAGGUUAAGGGCCUUGUCGCCGUCAUAACUGGCGGGGGUUCUGGCCUUGGUGCAAUUGCCGCGCAUGCUCUUGCCGACAACGGCGCAAAGGCUGUUUACAUUCUUGGUCGUCGUGUGGAGGCGCUGGAAAAGACCAAAGCAGCGUCGCCCAACCCGGACAUUAUCUAUCCCAUUCGCAAUCCGGCCGCCAUUGGCCCAAUUGACCCCUCUUGGGAUCUGAGCACCCUCCAAGAGCGCAUGUGGAAGCCGGACGUCGAUCAGUUUGCCGAGACUUUCCGCGUCAACAAUGCCGGCGCCUUCUACACUGCGGUCGCCUUCAUGGAGCUCCUGGAUGAAGGCAACAAACGCGGCGACAUUUCGCAGAAGUCCCAGGUCAUCUUCACGACCUCGAUUGCGGGAUACUCGCGGUCGCCGGCAGCAGGGUUCUCCUAUGCAGCAAGCAAGGCCGGCGUGACGCACAUGACGAAACAGCUCGCCACUACAUUUGCGCCGUACAAGAUACGAGUCAACGCCAUCGCUCCCGGUUUUUACCCAAGCGAGAUGACGGAGAAUAUGAGCUUCAUGAAGACUGGCAAAAACCCACGUGAAGAGGGAGCCCUACCCACUUCGCAGGUUCCGUUGCAACGGAUAGGAACGGAGGAGGACUUUGCUGGUGUCAUUUUGUUUCUCACUAGUGUAGCUGGCGGCUACAUAGAUGGUAAUGUUGUUGUGACUGACGGUGGCCGGAUAUCUACUCUGCCCAAUAGCUACUAG